UUUCUUUAUGCAGGUGAUCUUGCGUAUGAUUCAUCAGCCAAUCACAUGGUAGAUUUCGCAAAUUCUCACCAGUGAAGUUUUGAGACUCGAAAGUUCGUCACACAACUACAAACUCCGCUAACAAUGGCUUCGAUCACGUCGAUUGUAAAGGCAUCCGACUGGAUUUUGUCCAGACCCACUUUAUCAAAGGUAGUCCUCCCAGUGGCAAAAACCUUCUGUGCCUACGCAGGGUACAGGGAAAUGGGCUUGAAGUUCAAUGACUUGAUUGCUGAAGAAAAUCCUAUUGCUCAAAAAGCGAUUUCAAGAUUACCUGAAGACCAGUUGUAUGCUAGAAACUUCAGAACACUUACAGCCCAUCAACUUGCCUUGUCACAUCAAAUAUUGCCUCCAAACAAGGCUGUCCAACCCGAAGAAGACACCCAUUACUUGAUUCCGUAUCUCUUGGAAGCUGAGAAGGAAGCUUUCGAGAAGGCUGAGUUGGAUCAAAUGAAGGUUUAACCAAAUAGAUACUAGUGAUUUCAAAUAAAGAAAUAACCAAUGAA